AUGUCUCUCGCUUCUGCCUCGCCGCGGAGAGCAUCGCUCGACUCUGACGUCGUCCUUGUAUCAACCUCGCCGCUCCCGCCUCGCGCCCGCCAUCGCCACCGUCCUCAGGCCCUGCAACCACCGACGACCAUCACGACAGCAGCCGCCGCCGCGAUGCCGCCUGCCUUCUCUUCGUCACCCAGACACUACGCCCACGCCUCAUCGUCCCCUCGACACCACGUACACGACAACUCGCCGCAUUUACGCACUCGCAACCAAAGUUUAUCAACACCCAACGACAGUUUAUCAAAUCACCAAAGCCAAACCAUGUCCUCGUCUCGACCGCGGCCUCGACGAGCCUCGCCCUCACCCGACUCCUCAGUGUCAUCAUCAGACUUUGACAUUUCUCAAACUCAGUUCGAGGCCACGCCGUCCGACUCAACCGACUCGUCCGACGACGAGUACUUAGAGGGCGAGACGCCCAGCGACGACAACAUGGCCCGCCCCCCGACACAAUCAAAUUCCACUCGAAGCUCUUCGCCUUACUCAGACUAUAGCAGCAUCGACGAAGAUAACCUUGGCAAUCUUCACACUACAAACGCCGCUAUAGACGUGCCCGACUCACCCCUUCAACCACUACACGCCGGCCCUUCAGCCAACACCACACAAGCCACUGAUUUCUCUCUCCCCGAGACUGAGCACUCAACAUCAUCCCUCUUUGACCAGGUUCAAGACCAGGUUCAAGACCAAGGCUCCACCGAAACAGCGUCUACUUCGUUUUCUGAAGACAUGCCUCGACUUCGAAGCACGGCAAGGGGUCUUUUUGGCCCGGAUCGCAAUCAUUGGCGCCUUGGCGAACGGGGAAAGCCGUACAUCAUUAACUUGACCGGGCUGCCGCGCUCUGAGGUCUUACCAACGGAGUCGCCCGUAUCGGUGGACAGAAUCCCCGAUGAGGACCUCGAGACCAUUGAUCUCACCAAGGCUCAGGUCGCCCCAGAGCCAGAGCUAAAGAAGCGCGUCGUGGACAACCGGAUCAAGCUGGCUACCUAUCAAUGCCCCAUUUGCAUGGACAAUGUCACCGACCUGACGGUCACGCACUGUGGCCACCUCUUUUGCAUGGACUGUCUUAAUCACUCCAUGGACGUGGAGGUGACCAAGGGCAAAUGUCCCAUGUGUCGCUCCAAGAUUGACACCAAGCCCCGCGAGGCCUACAGCACCAAGACCAAGGGAUACUGGCCACUUGAGCUCAAGCUCAUGACCAGAUCCAAGAAGGGAAAGAGAAAAGCUGAGGAAAUCUCAACUUGA